AUGUGGCGUAAGAAUACUCUGAAUCUAAUCCAAAGCUUCAAAGGGGUGGGGUUUGUAGGCUUGAAGGCGCAGAGCAAAGAUAAAGGGGUGAGUUUAAAUUUCGUUAAUAUUUAUGCUCCUUGCAAUUCAUUGGGGAGAAAGGAGAUGUGGCUACAAUUGAUAAAUUUGAAGAGGAAUGUUGUUGGAGAGGAAUGGUGUAUAGGCGGGGACUAUAAUUCAGUUUUAUAUAAAGAGGAGAGGAUAGGUAAAUAUGGAGGGCAUUUGGGCAAGGAUUGUGAAGCCUUUCAACGAUUUGUUGAGGAGAUGGAUAUAAUUGACCUUCCAAGUGUGGGUGGUAGAUACACAUGGUUCAGUGGUUAUGGAAACGCUAUGAGCAGGUUUGACCGGUUCUUGGUAUCUGAUUCUUUAAUCUCUAGAUGGAAUUUGGAAAAUCGGAUGGUUGGCAAGAGAAUAAACUCAAAUCACUGCCCUGUCUGGCUAAAGUCUGUGAAUGGAGAUUGGGGUCCUAAACCCUUUCGUUUUAAUAACGGAUGGUUUAAGCAUGAAGAGUUUAGGUCCUUUGUUGCAGAAGAAUGGAAUUUGAUCUCAGUUGUUAGGAGAGGUGACUUUGUCCUAUAUGAGAAAUUGAAGAAGUUAAAGCCGGCUCUAAAAAAGUGGAAUAAGGAGAUAUUUGGCUGGAUAGACCUGAAAAUUGAAGAGAAGAUAGAUGAACAACACGACUUGGACAUCUUUCUUUUAGCCAAUAUUGGGAAAGAUGUUGCAGAAAUAGCCGAGAGUAGAAGGAAGGUAGCUGAUGAUCUGUGGAGGAAAAUGGAAAUGAAAGAAUGUAUGUUGCGUGUUAAGUCGGGCCAGAAGUGGUUAAAGGAAGGGGAUUUCAAUACAAAGUGUUUUCACAGUACUCUCAAGGAGCGGAUUCGUAGGAAUUCUUUCAGUUUGCUCGAUACGGCAGAGGGGCGGAUACAAGGACCUGUUGAUGUUAAGAGCUAUAUCAGGAAUCAUUUUUUAAAUUUCUUUAAAGAAUCUAGUGCUGCAAGACCGGUUCCUGCAGGUAUUGUUUUCAGUAGGCUUAAGGAUGAAGAUGUGGUCAGGAUGGAGAGACCCUUUGAAGAGGCAUAA